UGUUGUUACUCGAAAAUAUUCCCAUGGCUAAGUUCAAAGUUCUCAAUGCAGUUUUCUUCGUGCUAUUGAGUGCAGGUGUAUGUGUUGCGAGCAGAGCACUCCUUUCACAUGAAGAGGAUGCCGUUGCUGGCUACGUUCAUGGAGGCAUCGGUGUUGAUAUUGGUGGCAAUGUAGCUGGAGGACAUGGUGGUGGUGGAGGUUCUGGUGGAGGUGGCGGCUAUGUAGGGUCGAAUGGUUAUGCAGGUGGUGCAGGAAGUGGACGGGGUAGUGGUGGUGGAUAUGGUGCUGGAGGGGGAGAAAAUGGUGCUGUUGCCGGUGGUGGCGGUGCAGGUGGAGGAAAUGGUGGUGGAGGUGGCUAUACUGCAGGAGGAGAGCAUGGUGGUGGAUAUGGAGGUGGAGGAGGUGAAGGUGGGGGUGCAGGAGGAGCAAAUGGUGGUGGUGGGGGUGGUGGAGCAGGUGGUGGAGGUGGCGGCGGCGGUAGUGCGGGAAAAGUGGGCGGAUAUGGUGAAGGUGAAGGAGGCGGCAGUGGCGGAGGGUAUGGUGCUGGCGGAGAACAUGGUGGUGCAUACGGUGGUGGGGGUGGACAUGGUGGUGGUGGAGGAGGUGGUUAUAAUGGAGGAGCCGAAGGUGGUGGAUAUGGCAGUGGAGGGGGUGCCGGAGGUGGUGCAGGAGGAGCUCACGGUGGAGCAUAUGGUGGCGGUGAAGGAGGUGGUGCUGGUGGUGGAGGCGGCUAUGCUGCUGGAGGUGAACAUGCAGGAGGGUACGGAGGAGGAGCCGGGGGUGGCGAACGUGGUGGACAUGGUGGCUAUGCCCGUUGAGCGUAAACAAACACCCACAGUCUAAUCCACUCGAGUAUCAAAAAUAAUCUCUUUUACGUACUUGUUAAGUAAUUAAUCUCUCAUGGUGGCUAUGCCUUUGGGUUGUUGGGCUAUCGCUGAUUUUCUGGUCUGGAUCCUCUAUAAGAAUAUGCUAUGAUAACGAUAAUGAUGCCUAAAUUGUGUAUUGCGUGAAACCAACUAUGUGUACGGAACACCAUCAAGAACUGCGUUAAUUUGUAUUCUUCUUUCAAUUAAUGACUAAAUUAAGAUAAAUAAGUGUACGUGUU